AGCUGGAGCAAAGAACAGGCUCCUCAGGAAGGAGAAGCUAAGCCCAGUUGGAAACUGGUGGAAAGAUGCUGCAGGUAUCCUGAGAAACCAGGAAAGCAGCAGAGGCUGGUGGAACGACUCCAGUCCCUGCAGGUGGAGACGGGGUCUGCUUGCAACAGAAGAGAAAGAGAGCAAGGAGGUGCGAUUUUCAUUCCCAUUGCAUCAGUUGCCCAUGGAAAAAUAGCCUGUCAGGCCAUCAUCUGGAAGACGUGGCAAGGGGCACCAUGAGCAGCAAUGAGAAGCAAAUGGACCCUGACUCAUCCCCUCUGCCUGAGCCACCAAAGAGGAAGAGGGGAAGACCAAAGAAGCAGCCACAGGAGCUUCUGGGACCUUUGCCCCUAAAGAAACCACGAGGAAGGCCAAAAGGAAGCAAAAAACUGAGUGCCAGUGGUGGGCAGACGGUAGAAUCUUCAGCUGAGAAAAGACCAAGAGGGAGACCCCGAAAGUGGCCUCAGCUACUGGUCCAGGAGAAAGAAACCCAGGAAGGAUAUCUCCAAGAGAGCAGUGACCUGAAUUCGAUUUCACCGCCUGCCACAGGAGGCGCUCCUGGAAAAGAUUCUCGUAGGACGGGCAGGACUACAGGCCUCAGGAGAUCUCUGAGCACCACCCCAGCUGCACCACAGUAGCACCCUGCCUGCUGAUGUCGUACUGAAGCCACAAGGAUUAGGAAAACCAACCAACCAACCAAUCUUAAUUUCACACUUAAAAUUCUCCCCCCACCAUAACUUUGGCAAAGCCUGAGCCCCUGCUGCCCUCCUGCUCACCCCAGACAGCAAUCUCUGGCAUGACAGCCAGAAAGCUGUAUUGCAGGGGUGGUCAACCUGAGCCUGAGAAGGAGCCAGAAUUUACCAAUGGAAAUUGCC